CCUCUCAGGUCCUCCAGCGGAGUCCGGAUGGCGUCUCACCGACUCGGCGGCGCUCAGGACGGCGGGGUGCAGAGGGGCGGCGUGCUGCUGCACGGGGCCAUGCCCGGCCAGGACGACCUGUUCGGGGUGAAGGUGCGGGUUCAGGGCAUCAAAGGUCAGCCCUACGUGGUUCUGAACAGCUCGGACCGGGAGAAGCACAAGGACGUGUCCGUCAUCACCCACCAGGCCGGGUACGCGCCCGGCGUGGCCAGGAGGUCCGAGGACGGAGAACCGCCUCCAAACUCCUCUGUGUUCCACUACCAGCAACACCCGGAGAUCCUGAGGCCGUACGACCCUGACGGUACUAACCUGCACCUCGUCGGCCCUGGACAGGUGUCUGCCCGCCCCCCUUCUCAGACCACGUCCUCCGCUGCUGCGGCCAAGCCUCGGAUCCCUCUGCCGGCCCAGGGGACGGACGUGGAUGGAGCUGAGGAGACCCCGAACAAGACCUGUCCCUCCGGUGCUCCUGCAGCCCCCCCAGACUCGGUGGACUCCGACUCCAUCAUGUCCGUAGGGAGGCUGAUCAGCCAGUUCAACAGCAGCCUGCGGAGGGGGAGGGGGCCGCGGGGCAGGCUGGACCCCGAGGCGUGCCGGCGCUCACGCAGCAUGGACAACAGGCGGACCCCCGACUCCUCUCCAUCCCCGUCCUCUCACAGGGCCUCGUCUCUGAGGGGCGCCGGGGGGGACCCCCCGGGGGGGAUGUACCCUCCUGGCUCAGCCAGGGCUCGGCUCCUCGGCGGGGAACCGCCUUUGACGAGCGGGGAGGUGAACGGCAGGUCCAGCACGCUCCCCAGAGGACCAGGUGGAAAAGGGACGGUUUCACAUCCGGCUGCAAAAGUGUCUCACGGAGCAGAGACGCCGUCUGGAUCUGAGGAGAGAGAGGCACAGGUGACUCCUGAUCUCCUGAAGGGACGGCAGGAGCUCUCAGUGGACCCACCUGAGGACACGGCCAAGCAAAUACUGAUCACAUACCUGCAAGACGGGACGACGGAUGACGUGUCCACAACCGAGAGGAAAGCCAACUUGCUGCUGUCCAGCAUGAGGAAGAUGAAGUGGACGACGGCUGCCGGGGGGGAGGAGAACGACUGCAGGACGGAGGUGGAGCGGCUGCAGGAGAAACAGGACGCUCUGGAGACACAAGUGUCUCAGUUAAAGCAAAAGCUGCAAAUUGAGAUUAAGAAUGAGAUGACGUUGGCGAAGGCCUUUGAGAAGGCGAGGACCGAGAGGAAGAAGGUCCAGGAGGAGCUGAGCAAGAGUCAGGCAGAGCUUCUCAAACUCAGGGACAGACUGGCUGAAACGGAGGCGGAGCUUCAGUCCACCAGACAAGAGCUGACCCAGAUGAAGAACGACAAAGAAAGAUCCAAGGCGGAGAUGAAAGACCUUCAGCAGCAGCUCUCGGAGAUGCACGAUGAGUUGGACCGCGCCUCCACGGCCGAGGUGAUAAGUACGGAGAAAGGAGUCCUUCUUCAGGACUUGGCACAGCUGCGUCUGGACUUUCAGGACAUGCUGCAAGUGAAGGAGGAGCAGGAGGAGGUCCUGCAGCACACGGAGAAGGAGCUCAGAGCCUUGAAAGGGGACCUCAAAGACGAGGUGGAGACUCACGAUAAAUACAUAGCUGCUCUGAAAGAUGAAUACGAAGUCCAGCUGGAGAAACUCUGGGGGGAUUUGGAGUCGGCGAAGGCGAGCCACGCUCAGCUGGGUCAGGAGAAGGCCGGGGCGGAGGAGGAGAAGGGGGCAGCUCAGCUGCAGCUGCAGGAGCUGCUCCAGGACAGAGACCAGCUCAAGGCCAAGGUGCGAGAGCUCGGCGGCAAGGCCGACCACCUGAGUCAAACCAUCCAGGAGUGUAAGAGCUCGGAGCGGCAGCUGGAGCAGAGAGCCAAACAGCUGGAGAGGGAGAAGCAGCAGGUGGAGGAGAUGCUGAGGGACGUGAGGAGGAACGAGGAGGACAUGUCUCUGUCCAACCAGUCUUUGCUCUCUCGGCUGGAAGACGUGCAGAGUAAGCUGACCAAACUAAACCACGAGCACCGGGACCUGAAGGAGAAGCUGAAGGAAGAGAGGAAGCAAAUCGAGGAGCUUUGGAAGACGAGAACUGAGCUGGAGGAUGAGAGGAGGCUCCAGGACCGGGCCAUGGAGCAGCUGCAGAGGAAGAUGAAUAACAUCGUGGAGGAGUGCGAGGCGUCCACAGAUGUGCUUCAGAGCCAGGUCGACGAGGCCAAGCAGAGGAGUCAGAGGGAGGUGGCCGAGCUGCGGAGACAGCUGCAGGAAAAGGGCGCCGAGCUGGAGAAAUCCCGACAGGCGGCCAGAAGGCUGCAGGAAGAGCUGCUUCCUCUGGAGGAGGAUCUGCAGCGGUGUCACGGGGAGCAGCAGGAGGCCGAGCUGAGGGCCCGGCAGCUGGAGCAGAGGGUGGAGGAUCUGGAGGAGAGGAACGCUACUGCGCUGGAGGAGCGCGAGCGGCACGUCAAACUCCUCGAGGGGCGCGUCAGUCGACUGGAAGAAGACCUGAACGAGGAGCGCGGCAGCGCCGACCGCCUGAUGGAACGACUAGACAAAACCAAGGAGCAGAUGGAUCAGAUGAGGACCGAGCUGCUGCAGGAGAGAGCGAUCAGCCAGGACCUGGAGUGUGACAAGACCAGCCUGGAGAGACAAAAUAAAGACCUGCGGGGCAGAGUGGCUCACCUGGAGGGAUCCCAGAGGAACGGCCAGGAUUCACACAUCUCCAAACUCAACAGUCGGAUCCAGGAGCUGGAGGAGAGGCUGCAGGGAGAAGAGAGGGACAACAACAAUCUCCAGCAGGUGAACCGCAAGCUGGAGCGCAAGGUGAAGGAGAUGAGGAUGCAGGCGGAUGAGGAGCACACCAACCUGCAGACCCACACCGACCAGCUGACCCAGAGGCUGAAGACGGCCAAGAGGCAGAUGGACGAGGCAGAGGAGGAGAUUGAGCGUCUGGAGCACGCUAAAAAGAAGCUGCAGAGAGACCUGGACGAGCAGAUGGAGGUUAACGAGCAGCUCCACGGCCAGCUCAGCGCUCUGCGGAACGACAUGAGACGUAAGAAGAAAUCAGCCGCCAUCAUUAAGGUUGUGGAGGAGAACGUGAACGACAUGGACGACUUCGGAUCCGACUGAGCCGUGCGCACAUCUCCGGGUCCGGGCUUAGUGAAGAAAUGUUGGAUUGUCUGUGACAAUAUCACCAUUCAUUGUGAUUCUAUUAACCCAUAAUGCAACACGUGUACAAACAAACUAUAUUUAUAAUCAUGAGGACAAAGCGAGUCAUUUACAAGACAGGCAGCAGACGUUGCCUCUCAGAACUUUUCCUCCCAGGUGAAAGUCCCAGGUGUGAAUGGGUUAACUGGAGUGGCUGUUCCAGGUUGAUGGACCUGCCCCCCCCCAGCCUGCCCUCUUGUGGCAGCAUUGAUAAUGACACCAGUCAGAGCGGAGAGCCAACGCACAUAACUGCACUCAUGUUGGUUUUUUAUUCAUUUAUAUGAAUUAAAAUGUUCUAAACUACAAAUAUAAACAAAUAACCAAAUGUGUUGAUGUGCUUUUUCACAAUGUGGUGUGUGUCUCUGUUUUACACCUGAAAUAAAUCUACGUGUGUGAUGUU